AUGGCGCAAAAUUCUUUCACGUGUCCGCUGUGUAAUGAUCCCAAACAAUAUCAUGAAUUUCAAGAUCUAUUCCAACAUUUACAAUUUUGGCAUUCUUUCGAUUCCGAUUUCAUUCUAAACUGCGAGCUAUCUUACACAUGUGGUAAGACAUACAAAACGUUUGGGGCUUUCAAAUCACAUGUGCAUCGAUUUCAUUCCGAUUUAUUAAAAAAACCAUCACAACAACCGGUGUAUAAUCAGGAUAACGAUAUUAACUCGUUAGAUGACAUUGAUGCAGAAGACGAAGAUUAUAGUACAAUUGGAGCAGCAUUGAGCGAUGUAGAAGACGAUGAUAAUGACGAAGAAACAAAAAGACAGGUGUAUUUUGAUCAAAAUGUACACAAUAACGAAGAGAAAGAAAAUGACGACGAUGCAAUGCCACCUCCACCCCCUCGAUUUGAAUCAAAUAAAACAUUUACCAUGGUUGAUUUUCAAAAACAAUAUGCUCGAUUUCUACUUCAAAUGAGAGAAGAUCAUUUAUUACCGUUGAAUGUUAUGGAAUCUAUUAGCAAUAAUGUGUCUCAAUUAUUAAAUAUUGUUACAAAAUUAAUAAUUCAAAAAGCGAGCGACAAUGGAAACACAACAACAAGAACACACAAUAAUAACAAUAAUAGUCAAACAACAAGGGAUACAGUUCAAAAUAUUAGUGUUGAAAAUGUAUGCUCUGUUAUUAAUGAAGUCAAUGAAGUUGUGGAGCGUACAACAAAAACGGAAUAUAAAUUUAUUAAAUUAUGUGAAAGAUUUUUUGGUUAUCUUCCACCAAAAGAAAUUGUAUUAUCAAGAUCUCCACAAACAACAACAGUAAAACGGAGUGAACAAGCUUUUGCUUAUUAUGUACCAAUACGUGAAUCUUUAUUUCGUAUUUUAUGUAAAGAUGAAAUGAUAUCAUUACUAGUUGAAAACAUUAAACAACAGCAAGAACAAACAACCAAAGAUAAUGAUUUAAUGUUUUCAUAUCGUGACGCGGCGUAUGGUCAAAAUGUAGAUAAUAAUUCUUUUUUAUUACAAUUGUAUACCGACGGUGUUGGUUUGACAAAUCCAAUCGGUCCAAAAAAGGAUUUACACAAAGUUACAUUCUUUUAUUAUUUAUUAGAAGAUAUACCGGAUAUGUUUCGUUCAAUGUUACAAUGUAUAACAUUGUUAGCUGUUAUCAACACCAAUUACUUACAAGAUGAACAAUAUGUUAAACGAUUUUAUAAACCAGUUAUCGAUGAUUUAAAUGCAUUACAAACAACCGGUUUAUCGAUCGGCACGUUCGAUGCACAAUUAAUGUUCAAGUUCACCUGUAUUUCUGCUGAUAAUCUAGGAGCACAUCAAAUUGGCAAUUUUCAACAAUGUUUCAGUACUGGCUAUUUUUGUCGUCGUUGUCUGGUGCAAUAUGAUCUUCGAAAAAUACCGUUAACAGAUAUCCAUUUUAUGCCAAGAAAUGAACAACAACAUCAAAAAUGCCUUGAUGCGAUAAACAACAAUAAUGAUGAUUCAUCUGUGUGUGGCGUGGUGGGAGAAAGUGAUUUAAAACAAUUAGCAGGUUUUCAUCCAACAACAGCACUUUCCGGAGACGCAAUGCAUGAUUUUUGUGAAGGCACGUGUCCAAUUGUAAUCAUGUGUCUAUUAAAACGGGCGUCACAAAACAAGUUAUUAACAUACGCCCAAAUUGAAGAACGUACAUCAACAUUCGUUUAUGGUGGAAAUGAUAAAUCCGAUCAACCACCAACAAUUAAAAUAAAACAUAUGACCAAAGGACGUUUGGUGGGAAGUGCUGCACAAAAACUGUUAUUAUUUCGAUUAUUCCCGAUCAUAUUUGCUGACAUUACAGAUAAAUUAGAUCUGUUCGAUGUUUAUGUAGUACUACGUCAAAUGGUGGAAAUAAUAUUAGCAAUUCCAAUUAGAAAAAGUUGGCUGUCGUAUCUACAGCAUCUUGGAAUUCGAUUUCAAUCGGCGAUGGCUGAAUAUUUUCCCGAUUUUAUGUCACCAAAAGUUCAUUUUUCGUGCGAAUAUCAUGAUAUUAUCAAAUGUUUUGGUCCGCCAACACGAUUCUGGUGUAUGCGAUACGAAGGUCGUCAUCUUUACUUCAAAAAAAUUGCCUUAAGAACGUGCAAUUUUAAGAACAUCACAAAAACAUUUGCAACAAGAAAUCAAUAUAAACAUUGUUUGCAAUUAUCGAAAUGCCAAUUUUUAAAAGCGUUUGAUGAAAUAUCGGGUUCGAAAUUAGAAAAAUUGUUGAAUUAUGAUGAAAAUGUCAAACAAAUAUUGAAAACGAAAUUUAAUAUUGAAUGUUUAGAUCAAACAACAACAAUUCUUGCAUGUAAACAACUAAUUCAUGAUCAUAUUUGUUACAAGAAGAAUUCUGUUAUUAUUUACGAUGUUGUUGACGAAGAAGAUACACCAUUAUUUUAUCUUAUUCAUCAUAUGAUUAAAAUAAAAUCAAAUUGGGUUAUUAUUGUUGAAAAACUGAUAACAGAAACAUUUGUAGAACAAUUAUAUUCAUAUGAAAUUCGUUCAAGUGGUGUUAUUAAAGCAAUUUACCCGGAACAUUUAAAAUUUUACCAUAAAACACUCGAUAUUUAUUAUGUGAAAGGUUCAUCGUAUGCCACUCUGUCAUCGCAUCAACAAGUGGAUGGAAAUACAUUGGCAUUGAUGACAACGCCAAUAAUUAUUAGUGGUAUUUUGCCAAAUUUUAUUGAACAGGUUAAAUUUCUUCAUUAUCGUGACAGAUUAUUUUCACCAAACAUUAGUUCUGUUUUAUCGUCUACAUCUCAACAACCAUUAUCGAAUCAUUUAUCAUCGUCUCAUCAAGAUCAAAGUGUUUUAUUAGCAUCAUCAUUAACUCAAUCAUCAUCUUGUGGAGAUCCGAAUGAUUUAUUAGCGUCGUUAUCGGGUUUAACAAACUGGUUACCGUUUAACACCGAUCAAAAUUUAAAAGACACAAAAAUUGUUGAUGAAGAUCUGACUGUAACACGAAUAUCAACAGCACCAGAUACAACCACAAACAGCAUCACUGCAAAUGAUAAUAUCAUCAUAAAAUCCAAGAAAAAGCCAAUACCCGAUAAUUAUCUUCUUCCAAUACUGCCUUCAGCUGUGGAACAAGCAAUUGCAAAUGGGAAUACAACCAUUUUUGAAAAUUACUCAAAAUUUCGUGGAAUUUUGGUUGAAGCUAUAUUUUUUGAUUUAAUCGAUAAUUAUCAGGCUUGGUAUCCUGAUAAACGGGAAUAUGAGAAUGUGACAAAAAGUAUUUUAAAUACUCUAAAAAUGGACGUUAAUACUGACAAUAUUAAUUCUUGGAAGCAAAGUAUUCAAGCUCGAUUUAAACGGGGUCGAAAAACAUCAGCAACACCAACCGAUGAAAUUUUAGAAGCAAGAAAAAAGUAUAAAAGUGAAACUGGUACUGGUGGUCGACCAAUCAAAAAGAAAGAAGAAACAUUUGCCAAACGGGAAAAAGAUCGUGUGAUUAUUAUUCAAGUAGAAGAAGAAGACGAAAAAAAACAGCAAGAGAAAAUUAAUAUGAUGAAACAAGAGUUGUCUACUGAUGAGCCAAAUAUGGACCAAUUAAUUUAUUGUUGGCGUACAACACUAACAACAAGAAACGAAUUUAUAAAAAAAAAUAAUUUAAGUGAUACGUUGGUGAUGUUUCCUGGCUAUAAAGUUCCGGCAUUAAUUUAUGAUGAAAUUUUGUAUACUCAUGGUAUUAAUUUAAAACAAAAAGUGAACGAAUGCUUCAAUAUAUUGAAUGAAAAAUUAUGUGUUAAUGAAACAUCGUGUCCUUCAGAUUCAACUGAAUUUCGAGUGCUGAAAGUAUUAUGUAAAUAUAUGAAUGAAUCAUGGCAUUUUAUCAUACAUUGUGAAGAAAAAAGCGAAGGGAAUGAAAAGAAGAAUGAUAUUAAACCACCUUCGGCUUAUCCAUGUAUGUUAUUUAACGAUGAAUAUUUUACUAUUAUGCUAGACUUUUGUGUUGUAUAUGUUCAGGAAGCUGUUGGGUUGUGGAUUGCAUGUUAUGAUAUAUUUGGUAUUCAAUUUCAACCACAUAACCGUGCUGCCAAAUUAUUAUAUUCGAUUAUUUUUAAUGACAAAUCUAAAACCACAAGUGCAACAAGAAAAUUGUUAAAUCAAUGGGGUAUCGAAAUUGAAGUCAAUGUGCCAAAAAUUAAAACAAGAAUAGAACCACUAAAAAUUAAUCAAGAAUCAGGUGUCGAUGAAACAAAAGAUAAAGAUGCUGGAUUAAAACAACACGAAAAAGAAGAUCAUUUAUCGCUAACAACAAUAAAUGAUAACAUUCAACAACAACACACUCCAAAGUUAAUUUUGAAAAGAAAAGAAGAUAACGAUGAUGAUGACGAUAAUGAACCGUUGGUUUAG